GCUCCAUUCACAUGCAUGAACAAAGAUCUUUGCAUGAAAGGGGUGAAAUCCCAGAGGGAUUAUAUAGCCACUGAGAUCGAGACACGGCUGUGGGGAGGCGCACUAACUGCGUACUCCCGCCCACUGCGGAAUCAGUCACAAAGUGAAAGCUGCAGCCUCCAUGUCCAUGGCGUCGUUCACAAUCAUGGAUCCGUGUUCAGCACCAACGCCGCUGUGAAGCGGGUCUCCCGCCAUCAGCGCCUCGUCGCCCCGCUGCAGGAUGCGCGCUCCCCGCAAUACCAAAGGAUGUGUGAAAAUCCAAUGAGGAUUGAGAAAUGGAAAGCAUUGCCUGUCAUCCUAAACGUCUCACUGUUCACAGUAUUUCUUAUCAUUGGAUGGAAAUCUAUUGAUCAUCAUCGACAUGUGCUUUUUUGCUCAGCAAAUGACAAGAAUCCCGUGCUGAAUUCUAGGUGGCAUGGAUUGGAAUUCAUCGAAAACUCAAUAAUUCUCAAACAAAGAAAUAGGUAUCAACAGAUGAUCCAAAUUUCAAUUGGAGCUGAAAAACUAAAGACAGCAGCCCCAACUCCAUAUGUCUUGCUUUUGAUCAUCUUGAUUGGUACCUGUACAAUGUGCAAAGCAAGUUGUGAAGACCAGUUCCUAUCAUUUUCAGGUACAGGAGGUGAAGAGUUGAAAAAGAUUUUUUUCGUUCUAUUACUGAUUUGUCAUCUUUCACAAGUAACUGCGUGUGAUCGAGGGGAGUAUGAACAUGGUGGUACUUGCUGCUCAUUGUGCGCCGCGGGGACUGUAGUCGCUCAACACUGCACUAUUCUGUCUGGCACAGUCUGUAAUCCAUGUACAGCUGGAGAAUAUAUUGAACAUCCUAAUGGGCUUGAAAAAUGUUUUAAGUGCAAGACAUGUGAUGGAGAUUUGGGACUUCAAAUUAAGGAAGAAUGUACCUAUAUACGCAAUACGAAAUGUGAGCCCAAAAAAGGAUAUUACUGCAUUGAAAACUGUCAGAUGGCCAAUAAACACACAACAUGCCCACCAGGUCAAGGAGUUAAAGGGAAAGGAACACCGGUAAAAGAUACCGUGUGUGAGGAGUGUCCUGUAGGAACAUUUUCAGGCAGUGAUUCAUCAACUGAAGCGUGCAAGAACUGGACAGUAUGUGAAAAGCUCAAUCUACAACUGGAUGAACGUGGAAGCAGUGAAGCUGAUGUAAAGUGUGCACAAAAUUCCAGAUUAAUGCAUAUACUCAUUUCAGUUGUCGCAAUUGUGGUUAUCGCUUUGAUUGUAAUUGGGGCAAUUUUUUUCUGGAGGCAUCAUAAACACAGACCACGUUUCUCUAAAGGACGAAAGAAUGGGAUUGGCAAGGGUAACAGACCAUCUACAGCUGGUAAUAACAUCAAUGAGCAUCCAUCUGAUCCAACAACAAUACCUCUAGCAAAUAACCAGCAGCCUUAGUAUAAAGAGAUUGAAAUUACCAAGAACACCUGAACAGAUGACCAUUCCAGUCCAGCCCCAAGAAGCUCAAAUGUUCUCAUCCUCUGAACAGUUCAGGCUUCACCUUAUUUACACAUUCCACGCUGUCUUUACGCAAGGCCCUGCUCCUCUGUAUAACAUCUUCAAAUCCUCAGCCGUCAACUGACCAGCAGCUGAAGAAUAAAAGACUUGAAAUGAAAAGAGAAAUUUGAUUUUGAGAGAAAACUUGUCGGCUAUAUCAGUAAGAGUUUCUAUGGAUAUAUGAAAAGUAAAUGGAUGGCUAAGUGUGGAACCUCCAGAGAAUGAGGCUGAUCAAUUAAUAAUGGGGUUAGGGAGCCUACUCCUGUACAUUUUAUGUUCUUAUGCUCGCUGAUAGUGACCGGAAAACCAAUUGGUCGAACUAGUUGACAAAUAAUAGUCUCCCUUUGGUUCCGAUGGGGAGGGGUGAGUGUUGUUCCUGAAAUGUUCACUCUGUUGGAACUCGGCUCCAAGAAGUGUUUAAUGUGAUAACUUUGACUGCUGAUGAAUCAUCACUUUCCAGGAAGGUGAGGAAGUGCUAGUGGCUGAGAUCCACCUGCAAGAGCGAUGGGAGCAACGAGAGUCCAGUAGACCCUCCACUUCAUCACCUCUACUUUACCAUUGGACCAUCUUGCUUUUCGAAGGAUGUAGCCCAUUCAGUACACAAUGAUAUUGUCCAUUCCGAAAAUUAGAUGUAUUAAUCGAUGAUUUCAUGUCUAAAUGUGCUAACUAUAUUGUACAUAUUUCUCUCACUAUUCCAUGAAAUAAAUAUUAACCCAAUGAGGAUAAGUAUCUUGGGAGCCUUAA